CCAAUUAUUUAGGCCCAUUAAGCUUUGCAAAUUAGAUGUUAAACUCGGUCGUUUCAAACCCAUCCAUGCUUCCAAUACCUUCUUCGGCCAUUGACAAAGGAUUGUUCUCAGCUCUCUCUCUCUGUAUCUCCUUCCUAUUUCUCCGCCUGCGAACCCCCUACGGCGCCACCGUUAGCCCCUCUCUCUAUCCUUCCCGUGUUUUCGUCGCCGGCGCCGUCGCUGUAGAAACAGUGUUUACUCGAAACCCAGAAAGAAAGGGAGGGUUUUUUUGAUGGAGGAUACGGAGAUGCAAUUAGGAGACGUGCCGCCUUGUGUUACUACUGAUGAUGUCCUUAAGGAAGAACCAGAAAAGAACCUAAACACUAGUGAAACCCCCCAGCCCAUUCUUCCCGUGGAUAAGGGAGAUGAAAAUGGUCAUGAGGAUGUUGGAGUUUCUCUUCACUCUGAGAACAAGACAGAUGAUGCUAAGGUGCAGGUUUCGAGUCCCAAGGCUGGAGAUGGGAAUGGCAAAAAGCGCAAAAAUUGGUUGCUCAGUGAUUCUGAGGCAGGGGAAGUUGAUGAAGCAGGGACGUUAGAAGAACAGCAGGCGUUUCUAAGAGAGUUGGCGACAUUUCAUAAAGAGAACUACCUGGAAUACAAACCUCUUAAGUUUUAUGGGCAGCCUUUAAACACUCUCAAGCUAUGGCGAGCAGUCGUUAAACUAGGUGGCCAUGACUUGGUCACCACAUCUAAGCUAUGGCGGCAAGUUGGAGAAUCCUUCAAUCCUCCAAAGACGUGCACAACAAUCUCCUACACAUUCCGCAAUUUCUAUGAGAAGGCACUUUUGGAAUACGAAAAGAGUUUAAGGAAAAAUGGUGAGCUUAACUUUCCUAAUUCAACACACAAUCUGUCUUCAGGCCUCGAGAAAGAGGUUAUUAGUCAUCAAGGUUCAGGAUCAGGAAGGGCUCGGAGAGAUUCUGCAGCUCGUGCUAUGCAAGGCUGGCAUACACAGCGCCUUGUCGUAUCUGGAGAGGAUAAGGGCUUAAGCUCAACCCCAAAGCAUAAGAAACUCAAAAGCAUUGGUAAAUCAAUUCCCUCAAGGCAUUGCUGUUCUUGUCUACAAGAGUUGCUUAACAUUGUGUUUCCAACGGUUUUUUCAGGCUUCCAGAAACCCAAAACACAAACCUGCAUGGACCUUGUUCUUUCCCAUGAAGCAGAAAAACAGUCGGUUGCUGAUGUUGUUGAUGAUGGACCCCUUGCUGACUGGGUGAAGAUAAGUGUCAAAGAAACUAAGGAGUCCUUUGAGAUAUAUGCUUUGGUACCUGGACUUCUUCGCAAAGAGAUUCGAAUUCAGUCAGAUCCGGCUGGACGACUGAUUAUAACAGGAGAGCCUGAGCAGCUUGACAAUCCUUGGGGCAUUACACCAUUCAAAAAGAUUGUUGGCUUAUCAGCAAGAAUCGAUCCGCUUCACACAUCUGCGGUCAUGAGCAUGCACGGUCGGUUGUUCAUACGAGUUCCUUUUGAGCAGUGACUGAUCUCAAGAGUGAAGUCGUUGUCUGUUUAUAGUUUCUUAAAGGAACGCAAUCGUACCAGAACAAAACUGCUAAGGCUGCUGAAGCGUUUUUUAACUGUAGUUCUAGUCUGAAGACCGAAGUGACGAGCAGACAAUCAGACAUUGUAUCUUGCUGCAAGGUUUUUAUGUAGAAGUUGAGACUAGUUGGAUAAGCUGCUCCAUAUCUUAUAGUUUAAAGCCUUUAUAGGAUGCAACCAACAAUGAAUAUGUGUUUGUUUACACCCAAAAAAAAAUGAUAUGUUUGUUCAAACUCUGGAAUGUUAAGCUUUUCUUCUUUUUUUUUGGUCAAAAAUGAUAUGUGUUUGUUCAAACUCUGGAAUGUUAAGCUUUUCUUA